AAAAUAACUGUCGAAACUAUGAUUGUAUCUCUCUUUUAACUCUUUCAAUAUCACUCUUAUCUCUCUCUCACACAUCUUGAUGUGUACCUCAUCUCUCCCAUCUGAUGUCCUGAUCAUCGUCAACAACGACGGACAAAGAUUAUACACAUACAUAAUGUAAUCCCACAAUUGAUCUGAAAUUUCAGUCCGCUCUUUUCCUUGUAUGUUUAUUAAACACACAUUUUGUGUGUGUUUCCGUCAUAUCUUUUCAAUACUCUAGACAUGUCAUUUAAUAUUUCAGUUCAAUUUUUAGGCUUGUUCUGACAAGUCUUCGCUCCCCCAUUUCACUAUUGCCAAUAUUUCAUACUGUCUCACCCUCAAUUACCUAUCUGUAAUCUAUCUAAUCUAUCUUUACUAUGGUAAAAAGUGAGGGGUAAACAUUUCUUCUACCAUUCCCUGCUGUUAUCGACAGUUUUAUCACUUCCUUUUUUUUUCUUUUUAUCAAUUCGGCAAUGUCCUUCUUUUUCCCACCCUCGGAAUGCAUAUUUUGUCUUUUCUUAUUCCCUUUUGAAAUAGUCUAAACUACUCCAUCGCAUUCUUUAAUCUCUGAGAAAACCCUAAUCGCGAUCGUUCGACUUGCUAGAAAUAGCAUUUAAAUCGUCCUAAUAUAGCAUAAAAGAAGAAUACAUUGGACAAUGCAGAUUACGAUACACAAAAAGGCAGGAUGGUCAUGGUUAGAACACUUUGAUUAUAGGUUUACUCAAUCAAAACUAAGCUGAGGUUGAACAACUAGACAUAGUUUUAAACUCUUCCACUAAAUCUUUUUCCUCCAUCUCACUAAUUCUUUCCUCUUCGUUUUUUUUUCCCGUUAAUCUACUUUAAAUCUCGUACUCCCACCCAUUAUUAUCUCCAUCCUUUUUUUAGUUACUUUCUUCUCGUUGUUUACUUAACACUCUUUCACUCUUCCUCUCCAUCCUCACUCUCUUCUUUUUCCCUCCGCUUUGCUUUCUCUCUCUCACACAUUGACUGAGUAGAGUAAUCCUCCUACUCUUCUCUUUCUCCGUUACUCUCUCACACUCUCUGCCAUGCACUCGCACACAGACGGUUCAUAAAUCUUAUAUUACAACACAGCCUCAGCCUGUGAUUCCCACACAUUUCCUUGUUGACACACACACAUUCUGUCUCGCUCUCACUCGCUUGCACACAUUCACUCUCUUUCUCUCUCUCACACGCACACAUUUCACGACCAACGCACAUGCUGAGGACAAGGAUAAGCUACACUAAUAUACUAUACUAAGGUGGUUGCCUGUUUUCUUUUAUUUCCUGAAUGGAUCUACAUCAUGUCGACCCCGUCUCAAGACCCUUACCCGGAUAAGGAGAAAGUUAGUAGCAUUGAGUUACCCAUGGAAGAACGUAGCCAGUCCCGAGCACGUCCCGUGCCACCCGUACCCGAGAGACCAGCCGCUACCAGGGUGACUCGUCAUGGCCAAGAUAAAAAGGACAGUUCUCAGCUCAAUACUUCUGCUACUACUCAGUCGAAAGUACCCCUGGCAAGACCUGUCCCACCAAUUCCCAGCAAGAAACACGGGAAACCUCCUGUACCUGUAUGUCCUCCACGCCCAAAAGUUGAUGGUGAGACCUCCACUAAUCAUAGAAGUGUUGUUGGCCCUGAUUCAAGCUUUGAUUCUGUUCAUUCUACUCUUUUACCACCAGAUCGCCCUACACCAGUUACUCGCAAGCUUUCCAAACGUGGCACACCUCCACAACGCCCAAAUGUCCCACCAGUAUUGAAAAUUUCUUCAACCUUCUUGUCCUCCUCUUCAUCAUUACCCUCUUCUUCUACUUCCAAAACACCACCUUCAAGACCACAGUCAGUAGUGCCAACUGUCAGCAGUCAUGAGAACACUUUACAAUCUGUGGAUCACUGUACUAAACCAGUGUGCCCACCACCACCCAGGCCUCAGCCUCGUACUUCAAUAAGUCACAGUUCCAGUUCCUCUUCAGAAAAACUUACAUGUGUUACCCCUCCAAAACCCCAGCCUCGGAAGAGAGUACCUUCUGCUGCAGCAAAUAUUCCACCACCAAGUGACAGCUCUAAUAAUCUGAAUGAUAAUAAUAAUAAUACCAACAUUAGUAACAACAAUAAUCUUAAUGACGUUAAUAACAAUGUAAAUAGUAAUGCGGAGGAACUUUCUAUCGCCUCUGCUGCUUCGACACAACUGACUACAACUUUUGUUGAUGCACCGAAGACAACUGAUGAACUCGUAAAAGAUAAAUCCCCACCUAACUCUUCAUCUCUUGCCAUACCCCAAGCUUCCCAAAAUGUAACCAGCUGUAAUUCUGAAUGUCAAACCCCUUCUACUCUUUCACUUGAAAAUUCUGUUAUUAAUUUGACUGUUGAUUCCCACAAAGCUCCAUCUUCAACCCCUGAUUCCCAGUUUAUUUCACCUCCAAAAUGUGCCACUGAAACUGCUUCUAAUGACCCUGUAGACUUAAUUCAAAUUGCAACUCCAGAUUCAUUUUCACAUUCCCAGCAAAAUUCUGAUUUUCCAGUGCCAUCUCCAAGACUAAAACAGCAGUUGGAUAUAAAACCAGAGAACAACAAUGACAAUUUCCGGACGUCACCAAGUGAGGAAUUAUGUGAUUUUCAAUUGCCAUCAUUAGAAGACUCAGUUUCAAGCAAAUCCAGUGGGAAACGUCCAACAAUUAUUAGACCUGUUGAAAAAUCAGAUCCAGUGUGCUCCAGUGAAGAACCAAUUAGAUUGUCUUCUGGUAAACGAGAAAGUUUACCUAGACCUUCACGUCCUCCUCUUCCUGCAAACAGAAAUUCUCUGAGGAAUUCUUCUUUAGGGAAACCUUUACCCAGACCACCACCACCACCUAUACCGAAAGCAGAACCUGUUUCUACAAACGAAUCCAGUUUUCCAGCACCUUUGCGUGGCAGUAGUGAUCUAUCAGCCAAACCACAGCCAGGGAUGAAGAAACCGUCAAAGUUUUCUGAAUCUGCAGAAUCUCUGGGUACAAAGAGAAAUGAAAGCCCUACAAAAGAGCCAGAGACAAAAGUAGAUAGUGCAAGUCGUUUCAAAAACUUCCUUUUUUCCAGAAAAAGCUCAACACCCUCACCUCCGACAAGUGAUAAAAAACCUGUAGCUGUGAAGAACCGAAAAGCUGCUGAGAUGCUCCAAACAACCAAAGAUUACACUAAACGCAUCUCUGAGACUUUGGGAUUAACAGCUGAGAAACCUUCAGCAGUUUGGUACACUGAAGAACUGCCUGAAUCAGAACAGCAAGUCAAACCACCCCAGAAGCCACCACAUAAGCCACCCCAGAAGCCACCACAUAAGCCCCCCCAUAAAUCUCAGUUAGGGCCAACAACUUGGUAUGUGGAGCCGGAAGAAUCAACAAGAUCUCAAAAGAAAAAGAAAGUUCCUGAAAGACCACCAUGCAGUCCAUUGGAAUUGACAAAGACAGAGCAACAGUCAUUACAAACAACUGAUGAGAGAGAUGAUAGCUCCCAACAGAAAUCAGAUGGAAACUCUUCAAUAAACAGUGGUAAUGCCUUUGAAAAAUAUCACAACUCUUUUAAGACGUCAAUUGAAAACCUUUCUAAAUCCUGUGAAGGUUCUCAGACAUCUCUCUUAGAUCUUGACGAUAAAGUUCCAGUAGAAGAUAACAAAAUAUUGCAUCCAAAGUCAGAUAUUCGGAAGAGGCGUCCACCUGAGCCACCAAGACCAAAACCCCAAGUGUCUACAACAAAACUACUACCAAAUUCAGAUUUAUCUAAACAACCUUUGCAAAAACAUACCUGCUCAGCAGUGGCACCUCCUCCAAAACCCAAAGUUCCUCCUCAGAAACAAGAAAUAAUACUAAGCACACCACCAUCACCUGUUCCAAAAACAUCAGAAAUAGACUCAGAGAACAUAAAUGUAGCGUUAAAAGAAACUGGAGAUUUGGAAGAGACAAACGUUAAAAGUGAAUCAUCUGAUUCGAUCAACCAUGCUCCGGAUUCAUUGAUAUCUCCUCCAAAGUCCCCUAAACCUGUGGACAACACCUCCAAUAUUUGUGAUAAUAUAAAAACGACAGAAAUGCAACCAAAUCAAAGUGAAACUGCAGAUGUUAUAAACACAUCUCAGGAAAAUCUUGUUUGUUCUGAUGAGAAUGAAAACUUAACAAAUGUUGUUCAAAAUGAGACUUUUAGUGAAAUGGCUAACAACAAUUUCUCUUCUCCAAAAUCUAAUUUGAUGCAGGAAACAAUUGAGUUGGUUGAUGAAAAUGCUAAUGAAAGUAUGGCUAACUCUACUACCUCAGGUGACUUGACUGAAGCAGAACUGAAAAUUGAAAACUCCAUUGCUAAACAAUCUUUGCCUUACAACAAAAUGUCCAAUAGCCUUAAUACUCGCUGUGUCAAUCUCAUAAAGGACUUGAAGAGUAGUUUUGAGAAAUCUUCAUUGGAGGGUUCAACUCAAGACAUGGAGGAAAGCUCGAUGACAGCAACAGCAGAUAAUCCAACUCUAGAAGUGGAGAGUUCAGUACAAGAAAUGCUUGAACAUAGAAAUAAUGUUGUGCAGAAUUCGCUUGAGGUUGAGAAAAGCUCUUCAGUUAUUGCAGAGGGUUUGCAUGAAAGAGCUGUGGAGAGUUUGUUUGAUGUAAAACCAAAUCUGACUCAAGCAGUGGAGAGUUCCUCUGAAGUCGUUCAGGAUACAAAUAAAAUUAAUUCAGGGAAAGAUCCAGAAAUUAAGACCAAAUUGAAGCCCAAACCACAGAGGCCACCUUCUUUACCUUCAUCACUCUGCUGCACAUCAGUAAAAGCCAGUGUGAAGCAAGACACUCAACUUCCAAAUGUUGCUACAGGAGAAAUUUCUGCACAGACAGAUAAAACGUCAGUUGUAGGUAAAGAGAACUCUAGCAUUACUGACACUGCUAGGAUGAAAGUAACAGAACCUUGUGCAGUUGCAGAAUUUAAUUUUGAAGCUCAAGAACUAGAUGAAUUAUCUCUAAAGACUUUGCUUUCUUUUCUAUUACUGAACAUACAGAAAGGUGAUCGUGUGAGAUUACUUUCCUGGGUAGAUAGCAGUUGGUUAUAUGGUACCUGUAAUGGCUUCAGUGGAAUCUUCCCAAAAGGCUUUGUAAAAAUUAUUCAGCCACUGUCCAACCCUCCAACUCCAGUUAAUACUAAUAGCAAUUCAUGUGGAACUGAUCCCGAUUCAGUGUCAGCCAAAGAAAACUCCAAUGAUGCUACUGAAGUCAUGGCCUUUGAUAACACCAUCUAUGCAAGCCUGUCAGAAGUUACCACUGGUACUAUUGCUCCAGCUAAACUGGCACUUCACACUUUGGAUUCUCCUGCUCUGAAGGAUCACGAACAAACUAACCUUAUAAGUCCAACUCAGUCACAAAUAAAUUUCGAUGAAGCUCACUCUCAAAAUGAUGCUUCAAACAGCCUUGACGAUGAGACAUCAGAUUCUGAGUUGCUCGACAAAGUAGACUUCCCUGUCGGGGGAGAGGAGACCGUAGCCAUCACACUGUAUGACUUUGAAGGAGAAGAAGGAGAGUUAAGCUUCAAGGCUCAGCAAGAAGUGACAGUUCUAAAGUGGGUCAACAAUGAUUGGCUUUGGGGAAGGAUAGGUGACAAAACAGGAAAUCUGCCAGCUAAUUUCGUGGACUUUGUUGCAGACAACAGUUUUGAGGAAAACCUAGAACCUAUUGAUAAUAUGGAGGCCUUGAUGAAUCCACCAGCCCCUUCAACUGAUACGAUCACUGAUCAACUCCUCACCUGUGUUGCCAAACAGCUAGAAAAUGUGAAGCAAGUCAAGGACUAUGCUCGAGCACGCUAUGAUUUUGUUGCCAGCACUAAGGAUGAUCUCAGCUUCAGAAAGGGCGAUCGUAUUGAGGUCUUGGAAUUUGGUUCAGACUGGGCACAAGGGCGCCUCAACAAGAAAGUGGGAUAUUUCCCCACUGGUUUUGUUUCCUUUGAAGAGGAUUUGCACAAUGAAGAUAAUGAAGACAAUAUAGCACCAACAUACGAAGUUGUUAAAGCCCUUUUUGAUUUUAAAGGAAUAGCUGAAGAUGAGCUGUCAUUUGAGGCUGGUGAUCUGAUUUUCUGUCUUGGUGAAGUGAAGAGCUGCCCAGGCUGGAGUCAAGGAACUCUCAAUUCUCAAACUGGAAUUUUUCCAACUAAUUUUGUAUCAGCCCCUAUUUCAAACCCCUGAUAUAACUUUGUGACCCCUACAUACCCAAAGAGAAAAGACUUAUAAAGAAUUAUACACUUCCCUCUCCCAAUAAAAUUCUAAUGAUCAAUAGAAUUAAAUUACGAAACACACACACACACACACAUGCACUCACACACACUCACAUAUUAUGAACUGGCAGCUUAGAAUUUAUUCUACAGUAAGUGACCUUUUUGUCUUUUUGUAUAUGUGUUUUUUUUUUUACUAAAUUUUCCUUUGUCUUCCAUUCAUUACUUCUUUCUUUUUUCUCUUUGUAUACUUAACCUUAGAAUCUGCAGUUAAGAUUCAUCACACAAACACCCUUCUUCACUCUCUACUUUGAUGUAUCUUUUUUUUAUCUUUUAUUCUAUUUCUACUUUCUUUACUUUUUAAUUUUCAUUUUGUAGCCUUUUUACUUUUGCACCCUUUUUCUCUAUCUCACUCUUGCUCUAUAUAUAUAUAUAUAUAUAUAUAUAUAUAUAUAUAUAUAUUCUCAUGUAUCAGCAUCAAGCAGUGUUUUCGCAUAAGUGAACUUUAGGGUAGUUAAAAUAUGUUUGUGACAUAUUUCAACCUUUAAAGGCAAAUUUACUGCAGUUACCAUGGAUUAAAAAGUUCUCUCUUAUGGUAAAAAGAUGUAGACACACCAUAUUUGUCCAAUGCUAUCUCCUGUUGGAUUCUCAGAUGUGUUUCUAGCUCUUUAACCGUUAUCAAUGGGAAAUACCAAAGAGAGGCAACUCUGGACAGAUUUAAUUAAAGUCAUAGCUUUUGCUGAAUUUCUUCCAACCUGGUGGUCUAAAAACGCAACCCAGUCAAUAUUGUUGACUGUGUUUUUGUUAAAGCUACAGCUUUAAUUAUGUAUGUCCAGAGUUGCCUCUCUUCGGUAUUUCCCAUUGAUAAUGAUGUAACAGCUAGAAAUGCAUCCCGAAAUCUGACAUGAGGCAGCACUGGCAGAUAUGGUAUCUUUACACCUUUUAUCAUAAGAGAGAAUUCUUUCUCCAUGGUAACUGCAGUGCAUCUGCCUUUAGAAGUCGAAAUAUGUCAAACAUAUUUUAACUAACCGAAAUUUCUCAUUUUUAUGUAGUUUUUUUACUUCUACCAUUCCUCUUUCUUUUAUAGUUCCUUCUUCCUUCUCCAUCUCUAUAAUAGCUGCUCCCUUGUCUAUGGCUCACCUUUAUAAUUCUCACCUACUUCACUGUAAUAAACAAAUGGCCUCUCCUACCUUCUCUGAUUAUACUUAAUCUUCACAAUUUGUUAGGUUUGAUUCUCAUUUCUCUUCUACUCUGUUGUUGACAUAUUCUAUAAAAGUAUUAUACAGAAUAUGGAAUUUUAGAUAUUUAAAUAAAAAAUAUAAACAAAAA